AAGAUGAUCAAGUCCUUCAAGCAAACAUUUCUGUCCCUGGAUCUGCAGUCCCCUCGGUGGAGCUCAGCAGAGACAAUGGCAAAGGAUUAUGAGCUGCGUCAGUACGAAACAGCAAAGUGGGUCAGCACAGUCAUUAGGGGAGAAACCCAGAAGGAGGCAAUGCGCCAGGGCUUCUGGAAACUCUUCCACUACAUCCAAGGGAAGAACGAGAAAGAAAUGAAGAUUGACAUGACUGUACCAGUGACAUGCCUGGUAAAAUCUGGCUGCGCAGACUUCAAGAUCUCUUUCUUUGUGCCAUUUGAACAUCAGGACUCCCCACCACAGCCCACCGACUCGGAUGUGUUUAUUGAAGAGAGGAAGGCAGCGGCCAUCUUUGUCCGGUCCUUCGGUGGAUUUGCCUCCCCAGAGAAAUAUGCUGAGGAAGCUGAAGUCCUGGCCAGAAUCUUAAGAAACAGAGGUCAACAAUUCCAUGAGGAUUUCUUCUAUACUGCAGGCUAUGAUAGUCCCUUCAAGCUCUUUAACAGGCACAAUGAAGUGUGGUAUUUUAAAAAGUAGUAUGAUGGGGGGGAAUAUUAAGAAGCUACUAAUCAGCUCUGGAUGAAAAUAGAUCUUAUUAAUGGCUUUGGCUUUUGCAGAAGAGAUUUAAUUUGCACAUGGACACAGGAUGAGGUCUAAUUCAUUUUCUCUAGGAUGAAAUACUACUCUGGUUAAAAAGAUUUC